AUGGGAGGCAGCAGGAGGGGGCGCUCAGGGCUAGGCCGGCAAGGGGCCUGCGCACUGGCCGCCCUCCUGCUCUGGCUGCGCCUCCCACCGCUGAGCGCCCAACCCAAGCCGUCCAACAAGAACAAUCAGAACUUGGCUGCGGGGUACAAUCAGCUCAGCCACCCCACCAAGUUCAGCCGGCAGAUGACAGUCCACAAGGUCAUCGUCCAUGAAGAUUACAACAGGAAGUACCGCUUCGGGAGUGAUCUCACCCUGCUACAACUGGAUGUCCCAGUGGAUUUCAACUCUCAUGUCCGGCCAGCCUGCCUGCCAGAUAACGCAACAGUGUUGCCCUUGAAUAGCUCGUGCUGGAUAAGUGGCUGGGGAAUGCUCACUGAGGAUGUUUUUCUGCCUGCGCCCUUCCAGCUGCAGGAGGCCAAGGUCAGCCUCAUAGAUAGUGACAGCUGCAGCAGGUUUUUCAUACCCCCUAUCGGCACGCCACCAGAACAGGUUGUGACUUUACAGGAAGACAUGAUAUGUGCUGGAGACACCUGGGUGGAGAAGUCCAUCUGUCGAGGAGACUCUGGGGGCCCCUUGGUCUGUUUCCUGAAAGGCGCCUGGCACUUGGUGGGAGUGACCAGCUGGAGCUGGGACUGCCGCAGUCCCAUCGGUCCCAGUGUCUUCGCCAGUACUACCUACUAUGCCAACUGGAUCAAGGAGAAGCAGCGGGUAAACCCCGCCCCAAAUCCCUCCAAAGCCCCUCCUGAGGAGAAGCCCCCUGUCAUAAUCAACAUACCUAUUCCUGACGUGGUUGAUGCGGGUGCAGUGUACAGGCCCAGGGUCUUCCUGGUGCUGCUGUCAUCUGCCACUCUGCUGCUGCCGAUUCUCCUCCAGAGCCAGUGA